AUGUUGAGCGUAUGGCAGGCAUGCCACAGGUCUGCCCCCAGCUUCCAUAUCUCUGGUUGUUGUUCAGAAACCCAUUUCCACUUGAACAACCCGCAAGACCUGACAUUCCUCUUUUCCAAAACUCCGCAGCAUUUCCCAGAGACAAACAUCAACAACAACAACCCAGAACGUUGGAUCCAGCUACCAGACUCAAUGAAUUGGAGUGGAGAAAAGGCGCCGGUCUUGUCUUCCCUACCGAGUUUACCCACCCGUCUGCUUCAGCAACCCCUACCGACUUAUUUAAGGUUUUUCGGCCGAAAAAUGGUCUCCUCAAGUAAGUUCCCCCCUGAACAGGGUGAUAUUAUGCUGGCUAAAAUGCAAUCUCGCAGAUACGUUCACCGGACUGAUGCCUUCACCGCCCUGAUCUUCAUCGCUGGGACAUGUCUCGACCGUCGCACACCGGACCCAAAGGCAGGCUGGGCCCUUGUACAUGCCCGCGCGCCCGACCAGGAUUACCCAAAAAUCGUUUCUGCUCGCCUGGAAAGGAAGUGGCCUUUUGGCGACGAUGGCUCCCAGACCAGCAACCGGGCGGAGCUUCGCGCUGCCCUUGCCACCCUGCGUUUUGAAUUCGGACCCAACGAAGAAGGUUUCCGCACACUUGUCAUCGCUAUCAAUUCCAAAAAAACGAGCAAGGGGGGGGACGUCGCGAACAGGGAUUUAUGGGAGGCUUUGUUGGGUGAGAUUGAGAAAGCCAAGGAGAGGAACAUGGCUGUUCAAUUUCGGAAGAUCCCGAAAGAGUGGAACGUGGAUGCUCAUGAUGCUGCAAUGAAGGCUACCGAGCAACCGGCGGCUGAUAGUUUUCAGGACCAGAUUUAG